CCAGCUCUCAGUCAGGCAGGCAUGACAUAUUGAAGUGAGAACGAAGAAGAUUUGUGCAUGGACCAGGCUCUCAGAUAGAACCAGUGAGAAACAGCAGCCUUGUCAUACUUCACGGUGUAGGUAGAUAACCCCUGUGUGAUACGAGAGCUCCUGCAACCCCAAUAGUCUUCAAUUCAUGACACCAGACUCUUUAACGUCUUUGAUGAGGUUCAAAUAUCAGUCAAAAUACUUUGCUGAGAAUUUGUAGGAUUGACAAGACACAUCUUUCAGCAGCCAAUGAGUGGCCUGCGGAGAGAGCGACCAGUACGGACGAGAGAUGAAUCAUCCCAGCGGCGAAGGUCUGUCCCGACAGAAAGGAUGGAGAAGGAAAAAGCAGAAACUGAGUCUCCAAGCACCAGUGGUAGUGGACAGAGCAAUAUCCGGACACGUCUCUCCACCGGGACGCUCCACAUGAACGGCACUCAAACAUUCAAGGACAUCAAGAUGGUCCAGGGCUCUGAUGACUCAAAUGACAGCCAAAAGAUGACGUCUGCUAGAGCUGGUGUCUUGACUACCGACUCACCUGUGUCACAUGGCCGGAAGCGUGUGUCUACAGGAAGUGAUAUUUCACAGUUGCCACCGAAGAAAAGGAAGAUCGGCAAUAAUGAUGGAACUGGAGAGGGUAACAGGAACGACUACUUCUGCUGGGUGUGCCACAAGGAAGGGAGCUUCAUCUGCUGUGAGCUGUGUCCUCGAGUCUUUCACAAGAAGUGUCUGGACAUGGUCAGCGAUGUCCCCAGGGACUGGGUGUGUCCUGAAUGUGAGAAAAUCUUGCGAGCCGAGUGUACGGAUUCCCGGUCUCACGCCAUGGCCAUGAUCACCGUGGAAACCCUCUGCUUCCUGCUCAAGUUCGCUCUGGAAAGGAUGAAACAUGGCGGGUCUGACCCAUUCAUGAAGGCCGUGGACCCUGCCUCUGUACCUCACUACAGUGACUAUGUCUUCCAUCCUAUGGACCUUGGCAUACUGGAAAAGAGCAUCAAGAAGAAGAUGUAUGGGUGCACCGAGGCCUUCAUGGCAGAUGCCAAGUGGAUUCUACAUAACUGUAUCAUCUUCAAUGGAUUACACAACAAGCUGACAGCUGCUGCCAAGACUAUUAUCAAGAUCUGCAGGCACGAGAUGAGUGAGAUUGAAGUGUGCCCCGACUGCUACCUCAACUCCUGUGUCAAGAGGAAUGAUGAGUGGUUCUGUGAACCGUGUAGGGAACCCCAUCCACUGGUGUGGGCCAAACUCAAGGGAUACCCCUUCUGGCCUGCCAAGGCCCUGCGUGAACAGGAUGGACUGGUGGACGUCAGAUUCUUCGGGGCUCAUGAUCGGUCAUGGGUGCCUCCGUCUCAGGUGUUUAUGUUGUCGGAGGACAUCCCGACACCAAUGAGGAACAAACGGCAAGCAGGCUUCGAUAACGCCAUGGAUGAAACCAACACACACAUUGAGAAACUCAGAGAAAGAUUUGGGAACUAUGAGUACGCACCAUUCCGCACCCCCUAUGACAAGACAAGAACGUACUCACCUUUACAGAAAAAGGAGGCUAAAGUGAUGUUUCCUAAGAAAGUGAUUAAAUUUCCUGCAAUAACUCACACAGCAAAGUUCCCCAAAACAUCUCAUUCUUUCAAUGUCAUGAAACGAAAGAAAAUUGAUCCCAAGUCAUCAGUCACAAAGACUGCCUCGGCAGUCCGACUCAAAUACAAUAGUAUUAUCACAACCAGGAAGGCUGCUUCUCUCACUGUAACAACCAAGGGUAAAAGUUUGUCACAAACGACAGACAAUAGUGCAACAAGUCCAGAUUUACCUCCCUUUGUAGAUCCUGUUGUAAUAAGAAAGACGUAUCAAAAUGUGUACAAGACUGCAGAGGUCGUUGGAAGGAAGGAUAGACUAGAGGAGGAUUCUAAGGGAGCUGAAGGAAGUCACGAUAAAUCAAGUAUUGAUACAAGUAUUGAUACAAGUAUUGACCAGCACAGGGCCCAGGUUGAAGGAAGUAUUGACGAUUCCAUAUUAGGAGAUGGGAGUUCUGAGAGUGAGGGUGAAAAUGUCGUGGAGGACAAAGUGCUUGAUAGCUCCGAAAGUGAGGCAACGUCCCCAGUGAAAGAGGUCAGUGUGGAGGAUAGUGUUGAUAAACCUGAAGCUAAACCCAGUGAGGAAGAGGCAGAUGAACAUGGUGAAGAGUUGGCUGGGUUGCAUAGAAAGGUUGAUCCUAUGGAGGAGACAACUCAAGGACAACAGUCAUCAACUGAGGUGAAGCAAAAGCUGGUAGAAAAGAAGGAGACUGAGGAAGACCCAAAAGAGACUGUGAAUGAUCCAAGUGAGACUGAGAAAGACCCAGAAGAUACUGAGAAAGAACCCGUACAAACAGAUGAAGAAUGUGAACAGACAUUAAACAAUGCUGAGCAAUUUUCAAAAUUAAGAGCAGCGUUAGUUGACUCCAAUAGUAAAAGUGGGCAUGUCUCUUCUGAAGGGAGGCAGACGCCAACCGAUUCGGCCGAUGAGGAUGUUGUGUAUACUGCCAAAGACGGUAAAGUCAGUGAGUGUGUGAGAGGUAGUGAUUCCAAGACUAAGAUGGAUGUAUCAAAAGAAAAGGACAAAUCAAAAACAAGUGCUCAAGAAAAGUGUUCAGAAAAUGUUUCUUUUAAAGAUGACAGCAAUAAAGAGGCUCCAGUAAGAGAGCCGAUCCCAGAUGAUGAGUUCCAACCUUCUCUAGUAAUGGAGGUCGACUCGGAGGAUGAAGACAAUGUGAUAGACUUUAAUGACUCAGAGAGUGAAUCUGCACCUAAAACCAUUGUUUGUACAAAAAGUUCAUCGCCAAAACCUACCUCAGUUUCUCCCAAAGCUAACGUGCAGUCAACUACGGUUUCUUUUCACGGUAAAGUCAGUGCUGACAAAGCACCUGGGCCCGUAGUGGUGCAGAGCUUCCUGAAGCACAUUGCCCCAAAGCCUUCGCCUCUUUCCUCACCUUUGCUCAUUCCAGCUCAGGCUUUGAUCAAGGACAAUUCCCUGACAAUUAGUGCAAAACCAUCAGCCAAGAAACCAGAGCCAGCUAAGACUGGUGAUGCUUCCCCCAAUGGUGGACCGGGAAGUUUCCCCGUGACAGGGGACACUAUGAAGGUGGCCCUGUUCUCAGGUGGGAAGAAGAAAAAAUCAGAGGAAAAUUCAGAGAAAAACAUUCCAGAUGCUGAAGAAAUCCAAGAUGACGAGGAAUCUCCCAACUCCAAACAUCAAACUCAGGAACUUGUGAAGAAGUACAAGGACAAGUUGCUGAAUGCCAUCAAGAGCUCGUUGGAUGACAUGUGCACCGACAUUGUGAAGAACGCCAUCCCAGAGAGCAGCACCAGCAACAAGCACUACCAGCAGGAACUGGAGAAGCUACGCUGGAUCCACCUGCAGGAGGUGGCCGAGCUCAAACACAACUUCAAGCUGACGGUGAUGGAGAUGCGGGCGUGCUGGGAUGCAGAAAAGCAACGCCUGUUCAAGGACAUCAGCAAGCUGUGUGAGAAGGAGAAAAACAAGGCCAUUGCCGAGAUCAAGAAGAAGCAGUGGUGUGCCCAGUGUGGCAAGGAGGCGAUCUACUACUGCUGCUGGAACACCAGCUACUGCACAUACGAUUGUCAACAGUCCCACUGGCCGGAACACAUGCCCAGCUGCAUGCAGACCCUCGCAGCCAGUCAGGAACAGGACAAAGCUGAGCCAUCCAAGCCCCCCACUAACGCCAGCAGUACAGGCACCAAGGAAGAUGGUAACAAGAAAGGCUCACCUCCUGCCAAACAGACAACAGAAUGGUCUGAGAAGGAGGAAGCCAUCCAGGCCCAGAGGGCAUUUAACCUGGCCCCGCCCUCCACUGCAGGGGCGUCCAGCACCUCCACCACCAGCAGCCCCCAGACAGGGGCGUGGCGGAACAGGGCACGGGACAACCUGGAGCAGGUGCUGAGACGUCAGGAGGACCCCCACCCCUCCCACCCCUCCCAGCCCGUACAGUUCAUGCCGCCACAACUCAUCCCAGGACAGCCCACACAAUCUGCAGGACAGCCAGACAAUGUCUCCUUCCUCCAAGGGGGACAACCCAUGGCUAUCCAGUAUAUCCAGCAAGUCCCUAACAGUGGCGGCCCACAAGGAUCCCAGACAGUGCAUCUUCCACCCUCCUCUGUGCCCAACUUCCAGCCCCCACCCCAGGUUCGUCUUCAGGGUUUUCACCUUCCCCAGAGCCAGGCAGCUGUCUUGCAGAGUGGCGCCUUAGUCCAGAACAACCCCGGAGUGUACCCCAUGCUGCGGCAGCAACAUCAGCCCCAGCUGUCCAGCCCCACGGGGAGCUACCUGCCCCGGAGUCAGAUCUUCCUGGCCCCCAAUGUGCAGAUGCAGCGGGCUCCCUCCAACAUCCCGGGACAAAUGCAGCCUUUCCAGAUAAACAUGGGUCGACUGUCGCACCAGACGUGAUGAUGGUGACCGUCAAGUGCUUCUGACAUAAUGACACAUGUCUCAAAUGUGUCUGACCCCAGUCACAACAGGUGUGAUGACACAAGUCCUCACGUGUUCCUGACAAGUUUCAUGACGGACAAACAAAAAACAAAUACAGUCACCAGAACCACUUUUCAAGCACCAUGGUAACAUUAUUUUUCCAUGAAAAACCUGUGAUUGUUGUAAAUCUGAAACGCUGAGCGAUCAGGAGUGGUAAUGGCGACUUUGAUGGCAGAUGUCUGGGUGUGGGUCAUGUAAGACCCUCUGUGCGAACUUCUUCAUCCCAGUGUGGAACGGUGUGUUGAUCAAGUUCAUAUCUACCAAAGAUGACAAAUCUGUUUACUUAAUACAGGGUAGUUGAGGCUGAUUUUUUCAAGAAUUUUGUUUCUAGAUGUAAUUCCAGUUGUUGAAGUUUAUUUGAGCAUGAUGUUUGUUUUUUCUCAUUUAUCAGUGAGUGUAUCAAUGUGUGUAACAGGCAGAUGACCAAUCACAAGCCAUAGUUGAUUGAGGCACUGAGUUUUCUAUCCUACCACAUCUGAAUGUAACUUAUGUUACAUACUUCUUACACUUCUGUCGUACAGAAUAGAAUUGAAUACCACUAUCUUCUAUAGCUUGUUGAUAACUGAGGGCUAACUUGUGACAGGACCAAGGUCAGGGCGGAAGUCAGUAACUGCCUGUAGGCAGCAAUAACGGCAGUCUGGACACAUCCUGAUGUGGUCGUCUCGGUCAGUAUGUAUUGACAUUUAAGGUCACAGUGCUGAUUGAGUAUACACUAGUGCUUCAUUGCAAUCUUGAUUUACUUCUAUCUGAGAUGAAAUGGGGUUUAACGUCACGUUUAGGUUUAUUACACUUAUGUAGUGACAUGCAUGCAUGUGUGUGUGCGUGCAUGCUUGUAAUUGUAUGGACUAAUGCUGGUUUUAUAGUGCUAGCACACUGAGAUACCAUGCCGCAGAUUAACGUGGAUACCUACUCAGACACAGUAUACCAACUCCCGAGCCGACCAGUCCUUGUUUUAUCCCCUUAAUGCCAAGCACCAUCUUUCAACAAUGUUGACAGGAAUAGAACCACCGAUCUAUUGCUCUCCGGGCAGAUGCUGUAUCCAAUAGACCACAGAAGCGGUACUACUUCCAUUUGAACAGUCAAGACAAAGAGAACAGUUUGGACUGUUCUGCGUUUUCACCUGUAUGUUAAUUAUGUUUGCCUGUCUCAAUUAUGGAUGUGGACUGAGUCAGUUUAUUAAGCUUUGUAUGUGUUUUGUCCGUAUGUGUUGGUUUAGUAAUGAAAAUCUGAUUUGGUUGGAUCAUUUGUUUAUGAUGCAGUUCUAGGAUUGAGUAGAAUUACUUGAUGAUAUUGUCCCUGUGUUUCUGUGAGCGGGACUGAGGCAAACCUCCCUAUGGCAUCCUGAUAGCCAGUAUACAGUAAUUUGAGUUGGGUUUCGGACCAGUUGUCUGUGACAAUGUUUAAACUGACUAUACUUUUCAUUACCUGUCACAAUUAAAGGAGGAGUUUUGUUGAGUGAGUGAGUGAGUGCGUAUGGUUUACACCGCUUUUAGCAAUAUUCCAACAAUAUCACGGCUUCACACAUUCUACCCAUGUCAGAAUCGAAACCCGGAUCUUCAGCGUGACGAGCGAACCCCACCGCCCCUGAGUUUUGUUGAUGCAUGUUCCCAGGGCUUGUCUACACUGUAUUGUGACAAGGACAGUCAGCCAAGGUCAAUAGUUAGUUAGUCCCAAAGGGAGAGGGUUUGGACUUAACACGACCCAAACACAGGAUGGUCAUGUGACCACAGUUGUGAUGUACAGUUACGUAUGGAAUAUCUUUUCAUCAGUAUAUAAAUCAUCCCUAUUCCUCCCAUGUGUUGUAUUUAUAGGUCACAAUACAAAGUAUUUUCCUUGUGAAUGGUGCUCUGUUGUAUCAGCUCUGUCUUCAGGAAUGUUCAUUUUAUGUCUUUGGUUUAUCGAUCGACUGGCAAAGCCAAAAGCCGCGAGCGAACCCCAAAUCAAAUUAAGAAAGCUCAGUAUAUUUGCCAGACUGCUCUGUUUGUGAUGCAUUACAAAAUAAUGAGAUGUGACUACAGAAAAUUAAACAAGAGAUUUUCUGGCCACUACAAACACAACUUUCAGUGAACACCCAGAGUGAAUACAGGGACUUGUUACUAUGGAAAUUAAAAAAACCUCCUGUACACUUUACAGCCUUAACAGCCCAAAUUACUUUCAUGACAAUAAACUAUCAUGCUACAGAAA